AUGUCUACAACUAUGCUUUCAUCGUACUGGAAUUGGAUCAUACCAUCAAUCGUUGUAUUUGUUCUCAUAAUUAUCGGUAUUCUCUUGUUUCUCUACUUGACAAUCAAUCCAAAUUUUGAAGUAAAGCAUCUUCCUACAGCUUCUUCACCGUUAUUGCUCGGCACUGCGAUACCUACUGCUAAUAAAUAUGCCUUAAUGUCAAAUUCUGAUGCAGAUACCAUAAUGGCUGCUUCUGCUCCAAUUAAUGUAACUGCGACUCCUAGUAGUAUAAUAAUCGAUGAGGCUUCAAUAUUAUUUAAUAAAGCUAAAAGUGUAUGGUCUAUUAUUUCUAAAAAUGCGGCGACGGCUGAUAUUCACACUAUACAUGGCAAUGUUUUACCGGCCAACAUCAACAGUCCAUUAGACCUUCAAACUUGGUCGCCAUCACCUGUUUCUCGUUCUUCUUCUCUAACGAUUUACAGUCGUUUAGGUGUACGUGUUCUUCAAUUUGACUAUGAUCUCGAGUUUCUUUACGGCGGCUCGUUAAAUGGACGAGGAGCGUAUUUGGAUGGCAUUACCGUAGUUCCAUCACGUACAACUAUUGCCUGGUGUUAUGUAUUCAAUGCAAAUGUUGAAAUAACGUCUAUACGCAAUGUAGGUACAAGUGAUGAUCCAGUCGCUGCUGCACAUGUUGAGUUAAAAUAUCAACUGAAAGCACUUAGUCGCGUAGAAGGGACAACAUCAUUUGAUAUCAAAGGUGAUGGACGUGUGGAUGUUUUGCAUUCGAAAUAA